AUGGUCCACCGCAUCGCUUUCUGGAGUUGCUUCGGCCUCGCCGUGCGCUUCUGGCAGGUCGGCAUCGAGAUGCGGCCGUUCUUCAACAAGUCGUCCCUGUGGGCGUACCCGCUGUACGCGGCCGGCGGGGCGAGCUUCGGGUACUGGCUGCAGGGGGUCGACGACAGGCAGUCUGCGAUGCUGAGCGAGCGAAAGGCCUACUUGCUGGAGAAGAGGAAGAGGAAGGCGGAGCGGGAGGCCGAGGAGGCGGGGGAUGCCGCCGCCGCGGCGAUGCAGUAA